GUCCCCAGGGCCGGAGCUACAGGGCCGGUGCUGCGCGUCCGGCACGCGUGGCCCGCAGCUCCGCGGCUCCUAACGCCUCUGCGCAGAGCUCCGGGCAGGCUCGGCCGUCGCUGCCAGGUCCUGGCUUUCUUCUGUCCCCUAGGCCCUGAUGCUGGCCUCCGGUGGAAGGAAGUCGCUCGCUGCUCUGCUGCAGGCUCGGAAGGGCCUCUUCCAACCCUCCAGAGAUAUGAGACUGGUGCAGUUUCAGGCACCCCACCUGACAGGGCCUCACUUGGGCCUGGAGUCAGGGAGUGGUGAGGGGAUCAUAAACCUCAGUGCCUUCGACUCCACACUCCCCAAGACAAUGAUGCAGUUCUUGGAGCAGGGAGAGGCUGCCCUGUCAGUGGCAAGAAGAGCCCUGACUGCCCCACUGCCAGUCCUCCCAAGGUCAGAGGUGACGCUCCUCGCCCCAGUCACCAGACCAGAUAAGGUGGUGUGUGUGGGCAUGAAUUAUGCGGACCACUGCAAAGAACAGAAUGUGUCUGUGCCCAAGGAGCCCAUCAUCUUCAGCAAGUUUGCCAGCUCCAUCGUGGGGCCCUACGACGAGAUUGUCCUCCCACCAGAGAGCCAGGAGGUGGACUGGGAGGUGGAGCUGGCCGUCGUCAUUGGAAAGAAAGGCAAGCACAUCAAGGCCACAGACGCCAUGGCUCACGUGGCUGGCUUCACUGUGGCUCACGACGUAAGUGCUCGGGACUGGCAAAUGCGACGCAACGGCAGGCAGUGGCUGCUCGGGAAGACCUUCGACACGUUCUGCCCCCUGGGCCCAGCCCUGGUCACCAGGGACAGCGUGGCAGACCCACACAACUUAAAGAUCUGCUGCCGAGUGAAUGGGGAGGUGGUCCAGAGCAGCAACACCAACCAGAUGGUUUUCAAGACCGAGGAGCUGAUAGCCUGGAUCUCCCGGUUUGUCACUUUUUACCCAGGUGAUGUCAUCCUGACUGGGACCCCCCCAGGUGUCGGUGUGUUCCGGAAGCCACCUGUCUUUCUCCAGAAGGGCGAUGAAGUUCAGUGCGAGAUUGAAGGCCUGGGCGUCCUCGUCAACAAGGUGGUGUGACGGCACCUCCACAAGUGCUGCUUCUCAGCCCGAUGCCAGCCUGCCUCCCAGAGUGCACUGCGGCAGACAGCAGGAGGCAAGGUGGCGCUCCCACAAUAAAUCUGCAACA